UUUGAUUUUGUAUUGUAAAUUGAACAAUUUUAUAAAAAAUGUUUUGCAUUGUGAAUAAUAAUAUAUUGUAUGGUUCAAUCAUCGUUUAGUCUUAAUUUUAUCAACGGAUUUGUUUGGUUAAUUAAUUAUUUGUGUACGUUUUCUUAUUAGUUUAUUUUUAUCAUGGUGUGGCCAACUCCAAACGAUAAGAAGCUUGACGAAUUUGAUGCAAUGGAUCUACCUGGACAGCAACUGGCAGCGGUUCAUGCGCACACUCCAUUAGACCACGUGCUACAUCUUGACAUCAAGUCACCGGCAGCCUGCCAACGUCUCACUGGAAUCAUGGCGACAAUGGGGAAAUCAACGUACGAUGCUGAAGUUAUAGAGAAAAUGCUAGCGGCUGGCAUGAAUAUUGCUCUACUUAAUCUAUCGUUCGGAACCUUAGAGGAGCAUGAAGAAACUAUAAAGUUACUUCGACAGGCAGCGAAGAACUACAGUGCCAAUAUUGGUAAAAUUUUUCCUCUGGCUAUCGCUGCAAGCCUUCCCGGAAAGAAGAUAAGGACUGGUUCCAUUUCUGACGUUUAUGGCGAAACAGUAGAACUUGUAGUGGGAGAAGCUAUCCGGCUAACAACAGAUGAAACAUAUAAGCACAGGUGUUCAACUUAUGCGGUCUAUGUCGACUAUAUGCACUUCGCCAAACAAAUUAGAAAAGGAGAUUAUAUACUAAUAGAUAAUGCGACUAUCGAACUAAAAGUCGAAAUGAUAUCUUCGACAACUUUAACUUGUUUAAUCGAGCGAGGUGGGAUUCUGGGGUCGUAUAAGGAUGUUUUUGUACCGAAUGUCACUAUUGAUAUGCCAAAUUAUACGGAAACUGAUAAAAUGUAUAUCGAUAUGGCCGUCCGUAACCAAUUGGACAUUCUUGUCGCGUCUUUUGUAAACUCGAGUAAUGGUAUUACUGAGCUCAGGUACUUACUGGGAGAGAAGGGAAAGAAAAUAGCUAUUGUCGCUAACAUCCAAACUAUUGAAGGUUUUCGAAACUUCGAUGACAUUAUGUCGGUUACCGAUGGCAUAAUGGUUACUAGACAGGAGCUAGGAUCGGAUAUAACUCCGAAGAAACUAGUGAUAGCUCAGAAGAAUAUGAUCGCAAGAGCUAAUAAAGCAAAUGUAGCAGUUUGCGUAAGCGCACAUCUGCUAAGCAGUAUGCGCUACAGUGAAAUUCCAUUGAGAUCGGAACUGCUCGACAUAGCAAACUGCGUCAUCGAUGGAGCAGACGCCUUAGUGCUCUCCGCUGAGACAGCAAUCGGCCUGUAUCCUGUGAAAACAGUUCAGUGCAUGGCCAGUGCGUGCAAGGAAGCAGAAGCAUGCAUUUGGACUAAACAACUGUUUUUAGAUCUCGUCGAUAAGACACUUUUGCCGUGUGACCAAACCACUGGCACUGCAAUAGCAGCUGUGAUGGCUGCACAGCGGUGCAUAGCGGCCGCAAUAAUCGCUGUAACCACAUCGGGGAAAUCUGCCCAAGUGCUGUCCAAGUACAAACCACGCUGCCCCAUCAUCGCUGUCACCAGAUAUGCGGCUAUUGCCAAACAGUUGCAUUUGUGGAGAGGAGUGAUCCCAUUAAUUUAUGAAGCCGAACCAGCUACAGACUGGCACAUGGAUCUCAAUAGCCGCGUGAACUUCUGUAUAUUUUGGGCCAUGGAGCAGGGUUUCGUAAGGAUCGGCGAUCCUUUAGUAGUUAUAUCCGGCUGGAAGGCAGGAUCUGGCUAUACCAACACCAUGAGGAUUAUGUAUGCUCCUGCCGACACUGCGAGUUAACAUAUUUUCACUAUACAUCACUAUAGCAUAGUACCGAUAGAUUAGCCGUCAGACGGUUUGAAAUUCAUGUAAUGAAAAUAUAAUCUAAUAUAUUUGGUUAGUACAAUGAUUGUUGCCAAUUACGCCCUUCAAAGUUUGUACUUGUAUUAACAAUAAAUAAUUAUCAUAGAAUAGUUUCCUAGAAACUCCAGAAAAUAUUCUUUUGUAAAUUAUACGCUAAAUAAAGUUAUUAUUAGCGUUUAUUAGCGAAUAAUUCACACUGCGAAGUUUCGAUGCGUGCGGUUUCAUACAAUUUCCAUACGUCACACAAUUCUACGUGAAAAUAAUGGCACGGUGAAGUUUCGCAGUGCAAUCACACACUUAUACUUAUUAACAUUAUUUAAAUAUUUUUUUAAUUUAAUUUGUAAAA